AUGACAAACAAGACCUCAACAGCGUCGGCGAAGUUGUCGCGGAAGAGCUCCGACGUUGAGAUCUCCAAGUUCUCCCUAGAGGAAGCGGGCUCCGACGAGGAGCUGCCGCAGCAGGAGACGGGCUUGCAGGAGGUAGUCGUCUUUUGUCACAGCUCGAAGCUCUCAGCGCAUGCCAAGUUAGAGCUACACUGCUCCUCGUCUGCAACUGUGAGCGAUCUGAUCAGCGAGCUCAUCCUCAAGUUUCGGGACCACAACGAGGAGAUCGUCUUCAUGAGCGAGCACUGCGCUACCACCAACUUCCUCGUGUUGUCGUCCUCAGAGCGGCAGCAGGGGACGCCCAUCAACACCGCCAGCAACAUGAUUCUUCCGCUCAACCAUCUCAAAGUGAAUCCUGCGAAAGACAAGAUCAUUGUACACGUCUACUGGACUCCUCCAGGUUCGAAGCACUGGGAGCUGGUAAAGGGCAACGCCAACAACCUCCUGAUCCGUAAAGGUGUCAAGAGCUGA